AUGCGGCGGCUGCGGCGCCUGGCGCACCUGGUACUCUUCUGCCCCUUCUCCAAGGGCCUGCAGGGCCGGCUCCCAGGCCUGAGGGUCAAGUAUGUCUUCCUCGUGUGGCUGGGCGUCCUCGCAGGCAGCUGGCUGGCCUACGUGCACUACUCGUCCUACGCGGAGCUCUGCCGCGGCCACGUCUGCAGAGUGGUCAUCUGUGACCAGUACCGCAAGGGCAUCAUCUCGGGCUCCAUCUGCCAGGACCUGUGCAACCUGGAGCAGGUGGAGUGGAGGACCUGCCUCUCCUCCGCGCCAGGCCAACAGGUGUACAGUGGGCUCUGGCAGGGCAAGGAGGUGACCAUCAAGUGUGGACUGGAGGAGAGCCUGAGCUGGAAGGCCGGGGCCGACGUGGCCCCCCGGCGGGAACUGGUGCUGUUUGACAAGCCCACUCGGGGCACCUCUAUUAAGGAGUUCCGGGAGAUGACCCUCAGCUUUCUCAAGGCUAAUCUGGGAGACCUCCCGUCGCUGCCCGCGCUGGUCGGCCAGGUCCUGCUCAUGGCCGACUUCAACAAGGACAGCAGGGUGUCACUGGCCGAGGCCAAGUCGGUGUGGGCGCUGCUGAAGCGCAACGAGUUCCUGCUGCUGCUGUCCCUGCAGGGGAAGGGGCACGCCGCGCCGCUGCUGGGCCACUGCGGAGACCUCUACGUCACGGAGGGCGUCCCGCGCAGCUCGGGGCCCGCGGCCGCCCUCCCGGCCCUGCUGCGCCCGCUGCUGCCGCCCGCCCUGCACGGGGCCCUGCAGCAGUGGCUGGGGCCCGCCUGGCCCUGGCGCGCCAAGAUUGCCAUCGGCCUGCUGGAGUUCGUGGAGGAGCUCUUCCACGGCGCCUACGGGACCUUCUACAUGUGCGAGACCACGCUGGCCAACGUGGGCUACACCGCCAGGUACGACUUCAGGAUGGCCGACCUGCAGCAGGUGGCGCCCGAGGCCGCCGUGCGCCGCUUCCUGCGGGGCCGCCACUGCGAGCGCAGCGCAGACUGCACCUACGGGCGCGACUGCCGGGCGCCCUGCGACACGCUCCUGCGCCAGUGCAAGGGCGACCUGGUGCAGCCCAACCUGGCCAAGGUGUGCGAGCUGCUGCGGGACUACCUGCUGCCCGGUGCCCCCGCCGGCCUGCGCGCCGAGCUGGGCAGGCAGCUGCGCACCUGCACCACGCUGAGCGGGCUGGCCAGCCAGGUGGAGGCCCACCACUCGCUGGUGCUCAGCCACCUCAAGACCCUGCUCUGGAAAGAGAUCUCCAACACCAAGUACACCUGA